AUGGUCGGCAGAGUUCAGCCUGAUCGGAAACAGUUGCCGCUGGUCCUACUGAGAUUGCUUUGCCUUCUUCCCACAGGACUGCCUGUUCGCAGCGUGGAUUUUAACCGAGGCACGGACAACAUCACCGUGAGGCAGGGGGACACGGCCAUCCUCAGGUGUUUUGUAGAUGAUAAGAACUCGAAGGUGGCGUGGUUGAACCGUUCUGGCAUCAUUUUCGCUGGACAUGACAAGUGGUCUCUGGACCCUCGGGUUGAGCUGGAAAAGCGUCACUCUCUGGAAUACAGCCUCCGAAUUCAGAAGGUGGAUGUCUAUGAUGAGGGUUCCUACACUUGCUCAGUUCAGACACAGCAUGAGCCCAAGACCUCCCAAGUUUACUUGAUCGUGCAAGUUCCACCAAAGAUCUCCAACAUCUCCUCCGAUGUCACUGUGAAUGAGGGCAGCAAUGUGACCCUGGUUUGUAUGGCAAAUGGCCGCCCUGAACCUGUUAUCACCUGGAGACACCUUACACCAACUGGAAGAGAAUAUGAAGGAGAAGAAGAAUAUCUGGAGAUCCUUGGCAUCACCAGGGAACAAUCAGGCAAAUAUGAGUGCAAAGCUGCCAACGAGGUCUCCUCAGCGGAUGUCAAACAAGUCAAGGUCACUGUGAACUAUCCUCCCACUAUCACAGAAUCCAAGAGCAAUGAAGCCACCACAGGGCGACAAGCUUCACUGAAAUGUGAGGCCUCUGCAGUGCCUGCGCCUGACUUUGAGUGGUACCGAGAUGACACCAGGAUAAACAGUGCCAAUGGUCUUGAGAUUAAGAGCACGGAGGGCCAGUCCUCCCUGACGGUGGCCAACGUCACUGAGGAGCACUAUGGCAACUAUACCUGCGUGGCUGCCAACAAGCUGGGAAUCACCAACGCCAGCCUCGUCCUUUUCAAGCGUGUUUUACCCACAAUCCCCCACCCCAUUCAAGAAAUUGGCACCACCGUGCACUUCAAGCAAAAAGGACCUGGGUCGGUGAGAGGAAUCAACGGAUCCAUCAGUCUGGCCGUACCACUGUGGCUGCUGGCAGCAUCUCUGCUCUGCCUUCUCAGCAAAUGUUAAUAGAAUUCAAAUUUAAUAAUAAUAAUAAUUAAAAAAAAAACACACAAAAAUGCGUCACAUAAGAUACAAAGAGAGAGAGCAUACUCGAUGGGGGAGACCACUGAUUUCACAACUUUGUGUGUUUAUUAAAUGAAGGGGGAAAUAAGAAAAUGAAGAAGAAAAUAUAACAUUUUAGAAAAAAUUUAAAUCCAUCAAUUAAAAAAUAAAUAAAGAGAAUAAUUCAGGGUGGGAAACGUUUGACCAGAAUAUGUGUAUAUCUAAGCAAAUGUAUGCAGUGCAAAGACUACAUCAUGCUAAGGACAUCCCGGGGUUGUAAAAAUAACGCAAGUAAAGCAGUGCCAGAUGGAUAUUAAUCACCAUCACCACCCCUUAUCCUUCCUUCAUCCUUUUUCAUCUGUGGGGGAAAAAAGAAAAGAAAUAAGGUCUUGCCUUUGGUGUUGAUAUUUCUAUAAUCUUUUUAUUGCAUUUUUAUUUGAGCCACUUCAGACUAUCAAUGGAAACCACGCUGGAAUUCUGUGUUGAGCUUUUCUUUG